AUGGACUCAGCCCCCGCCGUCCAUCCCAAUCACCAGAAGCUCAUCGAUCGCGCCCGACAAUUUUUUGCUGAAGUCGAAGACUUAACUCCAGGCAAAGACCUCGAAACUAAACUGAACCGAGAUUAUAGCAUCGGAAACACUUACUAUGACGAUUUCUGCCAUUUGAUUCGACAGGCUCUAGCAAAUAACGAGGGCUGGGUUGCAACCGACGAGAUAGACGGGCCAAAGUACCGCCGCACCAGGAUAUGCGCUCCGUCUGAGUCGAACCGCUUCUUCAGCAUUACGACUGUUUACAUGGAAAGCGAUACAGAAUACCGUGGCCAAUACCACCUCCAUCCUUAUGGCGAAAUCAAUUGCGUCAUCCAAAUAGAUCCAUCAGCCGAGCUGAAGGGAAUGUCAGGGUGGCAAGGCGCUGGCUGGACAUCUCCGGGGCCCGGCACUCAUCAUUAUCCUGAAGUCCGUGGAGGGGCGCUGGUGGCGCUUUUCUUCCUACCGGCCGGCCGAAUAUCGUACAAGCUCGCGAAACCGGGAGAUCCGCAGCCGAUAGCUAUCUGA